CGGCCCAAAUACUAUACUGCCCCGUAUACGGAAAAAUAAGAAUGUUAUUGGUGGUCAAAAUAGGGCAAUUUCAAACAUACUCAUUUUGUUAAAAUAGUUUUAAAUUUUUUUUAACCAGUAAAAUUAUUAAAAGGCAUUUAUUAUGGGUAUCAUUUUAAUCAUAUUGACCCACAGAAUAAAGAAAACAUGUAAUUUUUACCGUAAAGUGUACAGCGUGAAAACAAAACCUUCCAAUUGUGGUUUUCUUUUCAAUUUUCCCACAUAAAUAAUAUUUGUUUGGUUGCGCCGUACAUUUUAUGGUAAAAAAAGUGAUGUCAUUCUAAAGUAAAAUUGGUGAUGCAAAAAACAAGCUCUCAUAUUGGUCUGUGGAUGGAAAUAUACAAGAGUUAUUAAGGGAAGGGCCGCCAUCAGGGGGAACAGGUGGUACUCCAGUAAGGGGCCCGGGCCCCAGGGGGCCUUACCUCACUCACUGUCACACUCUGGUCCUGGUCAUUUUUCACCGAGGACAAAAUAUCUCUACCGGGACCACUGCCUCUUUAAGAGAGCAGGGGCCGGUGGGAGGUAGCGCAGCAGACGUGCCACGUAGGCACGUUUCCUUUUUCUUUAUGCAGUCCUGGGCCCGGAUAUCAGCUGGCAUGACGUCAUGCAGAACGUCUCCUGAAGAUGAAGAGCUGCGGGAGUUUGGGCGUUACUGCUGCAGCCCCGUCUUUGGAGGUCCAAUUUUCUUUGUAAUUAUUACCCUGUGCUCCACUGCUUCUGGGGUCUGUCGCUACUGCUAUGGUCCAUAGCAGUAGGUCCCAACCCGGGAGUAGUGGAGCACAGAAGCAUAUAUGGCACUAUGGGGGCUCUAAUGUCUAGGGGUCAAAGCCCCAAAAAUAUGGGUGCAAGCUGGCACAGAGGGUGCCCUGUAGCUAUGUCUCAUAUAUAGUUGUAGACAACUAUAUUUGUGCCAGCUUGCCCCUUAGGGGGUCCUAUAACUAUAUAAGGGGAAAGCUGGCACAGAGGAGGUCCUAUAACUAUAUAGGGGAAAAGUGGCACAUAGGGGGUCCUAUAACUAUAUAGGAGGCAAACUGUCACAGAGGGGGCACUACAACUAUAUAGGAGGUAAGCUGGCAUAGAGGGGGCUACAAUUAAUAUGGGGGCACAAUUACUGAGUGUAGAAAUAUACAUGGGGAGAGGUGGCAUGGUGCUGGAGAAAGCAACCUGAAAUAUUUCUUUGACAGGUUCUGUGGAGAUGAGUUGUGGCUGGAAGAAAUCGUCAUGACGCUGCAUGCGAAAGAAAAAGGAAACUGAACAACUCCAACUAGGAAAGAGACACCUUCUUGUCGCUAGAGGCAAGAUGUUUUUCUACGGAAUUCCAAGGAUCACCGGUUCAACUCAUCCUUACCUGGUUUCUGAAGAGGUUUCUGUUAGUUGGAGUGUUUCCAUAUUCCUGAUUUGCAUUUCGAAAGAGGAGGAGUUAAUCAAGACAGCAGUUUAUAAAGACUCAGCUCGUCCCUGAUUGGCUGUAUCAGAUGUCACAGUUGGGAUCCCCUUUACUCCAUGUAAUGAAGCCUCUGAGAAGGACUUUAGAUGAUCAUGUGACAGCAGUGUGCAGAGCUCUGCAGUAAGGUUCCUAUAAGGUGUCAGGACGUGGCGGUCUAUUUCUCCAUGGAGGAGUGGGAGUAUGUAGAAGGACACAAGGAUCAGUACAAGGAUCAGGUCAUGAUGGAGGAUCAGCAGCCACUCACAUCACCAGAUGGAGUCAUGGAUAGAAAUCCACCCGAGAGGUGUCCCCAUCCUCUGUAUUCCCACGACUGUCCAGAGGGAAAUGUCCCAGAGAAGCAUCAGGUUCAAAAUCUGAUCAAUAUUAAGGUUAAGGUUGAAGAUGAAGAGGAGACGGAUUUCGUGGCUGAUCGGCAGUAUGGAGUCAUGGAUAGAAAUCCACCCGAGAGGUGUCCCCGUCCUCUGUAUUCCAAGGACUGUCCAGAGGGAAAUGUCCCAGAGAACAAUCAGGAUGAAAAUAUUAUUACUAUUAAGGUUGAGGUCAAAGAGGAAGAAGAAGAAGAGGAGACGGAUUUGUGGUCCGAUCAGCAGUAUGGAGUCAUGGAUAGAAAUCCACCCGAGAGGUGUCCCCGUCCUCUGUAUUCCCAGGACUGUCCAGAGGGAAAUGUCCCAGAGAAGAAUCAGGGGGGAGAUCUGACUAAUAAUAAAGUGGAGGAUGAAGAAGAGAGGAUGAGGGGCCAUCACCCGUGUAUGAGGGGCCAUCACCCGUGUAUGAGGGAAGUGAAGGAGGAAAUUCCAGGAGGUGUUACCCCAGAAGAAGACCUCCUCACUGUUAUUGUACAUCCAGGACUUCACAGUACAGAUCUAUCCUAUAAUAAUCCUCCUGAUCAUGAGGAACCUUCUCCCGACCAAUUACAGGUUGUAACCACAAGGACAGAUCAGAAAAGAGGGAAAACGUUUCAUUGUGGUGAAUGUGGAAAACAGUUUGCAAAGUGUUCCAAUCUGUUUAGACACAGAAAAAUUCACACAGGGGAGAAGCCCUAUCAGUGCUCAGAAUGUGGGAAAUGUUAUACUCAGAAAUCCACUCUUGCCCAACAUAAGAGACUUCAUACAGGAGAGAAGCCCUACUUGUGUUCUGAAUGUGGGAAAUGUUUUGUAAAAAAUUCAGAUCUUGUUACACACGAGAGAAUCCACACAGGAGUGAAACCGUUUUCGUGUUUAGAAUGCGGGAAAUGUUUUACGCAAAAAUCCAGUCUUGUUGCUCACGAGAGAAGUCACACAGGAGCGAGGCCAUACUCCUGCUCAGAAUGUGGGAAAUGUUUCACAAAUCAAUCUCAUCUUAUUGCCCAUGAGAGAAUUCACACUGGAGAGAAGCCCUAUUCAUGUUCAGAAUGUGGGAAAUGUUUUACAAAUCAAUCCCAUCUUAUAACACACGAGAGAAUUCACACAGGAGAAAAGCCGUUUUCAUGCUUAGAAUGUGGAAAAUGUUUUAUUACUAAAAGCAAGCUAAGGAAUCAUCAAAGAACUCACUCAGGAAAGAAUCAAUUUUUGUGUUCAGAAUGUGGGAACUAUUUUACAAACCAAUCAAUUCUUGACACACAUGAGAGUAUUCACACAGGGGAUAAUAUAUAUUCAGGCUCAGAAUGUGCAAAAUGUUUUACAACUCGAUUAAAUCAUGUUAGAUAGAGAAGCUAUAUUCAUGUUCAGAAUGUGAGAAAUGGUUUAUCACUAAAAGCAAACUAGGAAAUCAUCAGAGAAAUCACUCUGGGGAGAAACCCUUUUGAUGUUUUUGGAAAUGCUGUAAAGCGUUAUUUGUAUGAACUGUUUACAUGUUGUGGCUGGCUACCCGAUCCAACUGAUGCCUUCCAUUAUAGUCUGAUUGGGUGACCCUUUGGAGUGAAAUGUACGGCCAUGUGUUGUACCUGGCUUUAACUCGCGACUCCAUUGGGUCUCAAAACUGAGACCCAUUGUGAUGUACUCUUUGGAUAAGUCGGUUAUUCAAGGCCAUCGAUAAGCCAAUAAGAGAUUCCCCUUUAUGGCGGUAUUAGUCUGAAUCUGCCAACCAUACAAUUAUUUUUACCUGCGGUCAACUGUGAGCGGGAUCCAUGGAGACAAAGUAUUGUCAAUAUAAGGAAGACAGGAGGAGCCUGUAUUGAAGAAGGCCUGGAUGAAGCUGUCAAGAGAAACGCUCGUCGGGUGUGUUAUCCUGACCAUUGAAUGAAUAAAGUCAGGUUAAAGGUGACGGCUGAGGACUGUUAUUUCUAUUGUGUCAGUUAUACCGAUACUUGGUUGUGCACCACAUGAAUGCCCAUAGUGCCACAACUUUGGAUUGAAAGGGUACCUUUCGCUUAAAAAAUAAAGUUUUCGUAUGUCAUAGAGACUAGUCAAAAGUUUUGAUCGUUUGGUGUCUCGGUGUUCGAACCCCGACUGAUCGUUAGAAUGAGCGGGGAGAGAAGCGGCUGGCCGAGAGAAUCCCAUAAACUUGCAUUGUGAAUUUGUCUCGUGUAGCACUAUUUUUUUUGCGCCACCAAUUUUACUUUGUAAUGACAUCAAU